ACAAAACUAAACACAACCCAAGGAAACACACACAGACUUUAAGUUUUUCGUUACCCAAAGUGAUAAUUAAUAUGCAUUUUAUUGUUUAUGCGGCGGGCAGCGUACAAACAACAGCAGCGGACAGUGGUGAAAGCAAAAAGUGGAGCGAAAUUCUUUUGGCCCGAUUAUAAGCCACACAUACAUAUACAAAAAUACACGAGAGUUUGUCUAUGUGUGUGAAUUGUUAUUGUUUUAGCAAAAGGCUGCUGCUGAUGACACAAAGGCUAAGGCAAAAACAGCUGACCUUACAAAAACAGCAUCAACAACAAGAAGAAUGCGACGCAACGAAGAUGAGCAAAGGCUGCUGGAAGAGGAGCAGGAAGAACAAGCAGAGGAUCAGAAUUCGACCACUGCUGUUGAUAACGGUAGUUUUGUGCCCGCGUUUUCACCACAGUACAGCCACGAUAAUGAUGACGAACGAUGCCUGCUGCACCAGGAGCAGGGGGACGAAGUAAUCCAAUUGACAAAUGCACCCAAUUCGGGCGCCUCGUUAACCUAUUGUGUUUUCUAUCUGCUCGGCAUUGGCACAAUGACACCAUGGAAUUUUUUUGUAACCGCCGAAGAUUAUUGGCAAUACAAAUUCCGCAAUACGACGCUGAAUGGAACGCUGCCAGUGCUGGAUGAUGAGCAGCUGACGCCGCUGCAGAAGAGUUUCACAUGUGAUUUGGCGCUGUCCGCAACAAUUUCGGGCACCACAUUCCUGCUGCUAAAUGCCGUCUACGGCCAUCUGGUCACGCUGCGUGCCAAAAUGCUGGGCACACUGGGCACGAUACUGGUGCUCUUCGGAGUGACAACGGGAUUCGUGGAAGUCAACACGGACCAGUGGCAGGAGCAGUUCUUUCUCAUCACGCUCAUCAUUGUGGUGUUACUCAACAUUUCGGCUGCCACCAUGUCGGGCGCUUUGUAUGGCGUCGCUGGUCUCUUUCCGUCGGAGUUUAUGACUGCUGUGGUCAGUGGCCAGGCGCUUGGUGGCAUUUUGACGGCACUCGCAUUUCUUUUGGUGCUCGCCUUCGAUGCGGGUCCCUCGGCAACCGCCUUUGUGUUCUUCGUUAUGGGCGCCUUGCUGAUCUGCGGCUGCAUCGUUUGCUACCUGCUGGUGGCACGUCAGGCGUACUUUAAAUAUUAUCUGGCUGGUGGCGACAAGUUCAAGGUGAUCUGUGCCCAGCCAGCGCACAGUCGCAGCACGGUGGGCACGGAUGAGGGUGUGCCACUCGAACCGUUGCUGUCCAAAGUGCUGGGCAAGAUCUAUUUGCAAGCCAUUUGCCUCGUCCUGUUGUAUGCCACAACGCUCUCGGUAUAUCCGUCUGUGACGAUCCUAAUGGAAUCGGAGCACUCAGCCAGCCACACCCAGUGGACAGAUGUUUACUAUAUGCCUGUGGUGAAUUAUUUAUUCUUCAAUUGCGGCGACUAUUUUGGCCGAUUGUUUGCUGGUUGGUUGGAGGUGCCGCGGAAUCAACAGACGACGCUGCUGCUCACCGUGGUGCGUGUUGUGUUCGUGCCCUGUUUCCUGUGCUCCAACAGUGGCGUGCAUCAGUUUCUGCCCACGCUGGUGCAGCAUGAUUACACCUUUAUGGCCAUGAUCGUUGCCUUUGCGCUCUCCAACGGUUAUCUGACCAACAUUCUGCUCAUUAUGGCGCCACGAAGCGUUGAGCAGCAUGAGAAGGAGCUGGCUGCCUCCAUAAUGGCUGCCUCGUUGAGCGUGGGCAUGGCCAUCGGAUCCCUAAUCAGUCUGGCAUUUGUGCAGAUGUUGUGACAACAUCCCCGCUCAAUCCACCAUCCUGCCAAACUGUCUCAAUGGUGCCUUAGAACGCUUUGUUUUUUAUACUUAUUUGAUACUUGAUAGUUUUUACGAAUUUGAUUGUUAGACAUAUGUAUUUUAUACUAUUUUUGAGAUGUACACGUUUUUGAAGCAUGCUCGAGUGUUGAGGAAUAUCUGUGAGAUUUUCUGUAACAUAUCAAAAAGUGAAAUUAAUUUUGUGUAAGUUUUACUUGUCGGUUGUAAAUUGAUAUAAAUGUAAACGCAAAAUAAAUUGUAAUUAUUUGUAAGGUAA